AUGGCCUUGUUGGUAUUGGCCGUGAUAUCAUUCAGCAGCCAGAUGUCGGCUGGUGCUGCCCGGGAGAAAGCCAACCAGCUUCCCGAAAAUUACAAGGAGUCUUGGAUCAAUGAUGGGCUCGCGAAGACCGUUUAUCCAAAUACGGCUACGAAGAAGGAUUCUCAGCCCUCAACACCUGGCCCUAGCCCAAGUAUUGGCCAUAAAACUAAGGAGGAUUUUCAGCCGUCAAAUACUGGCCCUAGCCCAAGCAUUGGCCACAAAACUAAGGAGGAUUCUCAGCCCUCAAAUACUGGCCCUAGCCCAAGCAUUGGCCAUAAAACUAAGGAGGAUUCUCAGCCGUCAAAUACUGGCCCUAGCCCAAGCAUUGGCCACAAAACUAAGGAGGAUUCUCAGCCCUCAAAUACUGGCCCUAGCCCAAGCAUUGGCCAUAAAACUAAGGAGGAUUCUCAACCCUCAAAUACUGGCCCUACAAGCAUUGGCCAUAACUCAAAUACUGGUCCUAGCCCAAGCAUUGGCCAUAAAACUAAGAAGGAUUUUCAGCCCUUAAAACUUGGCCGUAGCCCAAGUAUUGGCCGUAAAACUAAAAAGAAGCAUCCUCAGGCUCCAAAACCUUCUGCUCAAUAA